UAAAUUAAUAGGGCAAUCCAAACAGAGUCUCUCUCCAAAGACAAUUUCACAACAAAAGAAGAGUCAUACCCAUCUCUCUCUAUUCUCAAUUCUCAAACCAUCAAGCAAACAAACAGGUUCCAUGUCUGCAGUUAUGAACAUGAAGGACCAACGAGGUCUCCAACUCCAAUCAUCAGAAAUGGAUCCUGUCAUAUGGAGCCGUUUGCCGGAGGAACUCUUGGAGCAUAUUCUCUAUUUUUUGCCUCUCAAAACGUUCUUGAAUUUGAGAUCAACAUGUAAGCAUUUCAAGACUCUUCUAUUUUCACCUUCUUUUAUGUCUAAGUACUCCUCUUCUUCUUCAAGUUUCUCUUCUUUUAUUUUGCUAUCUCACCCCCAGUGUUAUCGUCACUUCCCUCUUUAUGACUCCAACCUCGGAACCUGGCGCUAUUUGUCUCGCUUCCUCUCUGAUUUGCUACCCUGCGCCGCUGGUGUUCCAUGUACUCUUUUGUCGUCCUCUAAUGGCCUCUUUUGCUUUUCUCUUCCUACCUUGUCUUCUUUUCUUGUCUGCAAUCUAUUGACCAAGUCUUCGAGAAUCAUCAAAUUCCCCACUUACCGUUUUGCAUUUGAGUCGCUAACUUUGGUUUCUACGCCUUUGGGUUAUAAAAUCUUUAUGUUUUCCACAAAAUUUUCUUCGAAUUACUCUUUUGUUUAUGAUUCAAGGGACCUAUGUUGGAGAACAUUCGCUGUUUUUGAGUCGAUUCUGAGCGACAAUAAUCAUCAAGAAACCGUAUUCUGUAAUGGGUCAUUGUACUUUACAACUCCAGAGCCGUUUUCAAUAGUGACCUUUGAUUUGGAAAGUGGGAAAUGGGACAGACUCAAAUGUAACAUGCCUGCGGAGGUUACUUUUGUCAGGCUGGUGAGUGAUGGUGAAGGGAAGUUGUAUUUGAUUGGUGGAGUUGGAAGAAAUGGGAUUUCAAGGAGCAUGAAACUGUGGGAAUUGAGUGAUGAAGGGACAUGGAUUGAAGUGGAGAGCUUGCCUGAAUUGAUGUGUAGAAAAUUUAUGUCAAUUUGUUAUCACAAUUAUGAGCAUGUUUAUUGCUUUUGGCAUCAGGGGAUGAUCUGUGUUUGCUGCUACACAUGGCCAGAAAUUUUGUACUUGAAGGUUUCCAGAAGGACUUGGCAUUGGUUGCCCAGAUGCCCUUCAAUUCCAGAGAAGUGGAGCUGUGGUUUCAGAUAUCUCUCCAUGUUUAUGAUAUCCAGUACCCUGCCGUGAGUUGAAAGUUAUUGCAUUUAUGAUGGUCAUUGACGAUACAACUCCGCAUUUAUGACGGUUAUUGACGAUACAACUCCAGCCUCCUUUCAUAAAAUACAGUUCACUGAAAUAUUUUACCCAAGGUUCUACUUCUCCGGCGUUUGUCUAUAUGAUAUAUCACAAUGGAUAAGGGUGGAUGUUGGUUCAAAUAAAUUGAUGAAUAAUAUGUUUGGUUGGAAUGAUAAAUGAGUGGGUAUGUUAUAUAGAUUAUUGAAUUAUUUUUUUUUUUAAUUUAAUAUAAUAAUAUUUAUUAUUAUUA